AUGACCUCCUCCGACUCCUCUCCGUCCUCCGAAUCAAACCAGUGGUCUUCCGCAAUCGGACACGCGAGCACUGGGAAAUCAGGACGAGUGAUCGAGCGGCUACAAGGAGACAUUGACCGAUUACGCCGAGAAAAGCAAUUACUCAAAGUCCGGCAUGAGGAGGCUGAAAAGGCUACGGAAAACCUCGCUACACGCAAUCAAUAUCUUCAGGAUCGCAACAGCAACUACGAACAAUCGCACGAAGCCAACGUGCGGCAGAUAGCUCGAAAAGAGAGACAGGUGGAGGACCUGCGAGAAGAACUACGCAGGGAAAAGUUAAAGACCGCUAAGGCGGAGCACCAGGCUGAGGUGGCUGCGUCCAACGAAGAGAUCUGGAGGGAUCAAGCCAGUCAAGCCAAAAGCCUGGCCGCACAAAGAGAGUCGGAGUACGAUACCAUUGUCGCUUGCAGGAAGAAUGAUUACGAGCGCCAUCAGCAAGGCCUGGACAAAAUCAAGAGCAAUUUCAGUGUAUUGCUCAGGAGACAGGACGACGACUUGGAAAAGCAGAAAAAAUUAGAGAUCAUUGCUGAGCAGCAACGGCAAACCAUUCUUCAGCUAGAAGAUCUCACGAAGAAGUUGACCACCAAUUUCAAAGCUUACAGGAGCGAGAUCGACUCGGCAAUCGCAGAUCUACGGGAAAAGGCCAGCUCAAAUGAUAGCGCCAUAACUCGGAAAUUGGAGGAGAUGAGUGAGGUUACGGGCCAAAUGCGCUGGGUCUUGAAUGUGGAUGAUAUUGUGAAUCACAAUCACCGGGAUCCACCACCGCCACCGAUGACAAGACCGAUAUCCCAGGGGAGGGACCAACUUGAUGGUCAUUCCGGACCAUCAACUGCACGAAAUGGCGAAAAGGAAAAGGAAAAGGAUUCUGGUCGACGCAGCCCGACCAAAGGAUUGUUGACAAAGCACCGGCGGAAAGAGUCGACUAAAUCGUCGAAAUAA